UUACGCCAAAGGCGCGAAUAACAACAAAGAAUACAUCUCAAUUUCGCCAAGCUAUUAUAGUUAAAUUAUUGUAAAAUGCUUAUGAAUUUUGUCAGUUAUGUGGAGACACGUAACCGUUUGUUUAUGACAGUGUGAAUACUAAUGGUUUUAGGCAUUUUUAUUUAACGUUCACGCUAAGUUAGAUAUACUUGUUUAAAUAUUAGCUAACUGGUCACACGGUUCCUUUUGAGGGAAGUUAGCGCAGCCUCUCUCUAAAACUGACAGUGGCCUUAGGUAAAAUGUUAUAUUCCGAUGAAUUUCUUGUUGACCUGCCAUAAUAACUUUAAGAUAUGACUAGUUGUAGUUGACACUGAUUACUGUCACAGUACAGACUUUACAUUUAUUGACAGCCUGAGUCCAUCAAGAGGAGGUUGACCAUGUCUAAAGAAGACAAAGAAGGCUUCAUUGUGAAGUUUGUGGAGAGUAAAGGGCAAAAAACAGAGUAUGCUGUCAAGGCUUAUGAGGCCAUUUUGGAGCUGCAGUCUGAGAAGCACUUGAAAACCAUUGAUGAGGAUGCCGUUUUACAGAUGGACCAGAGGGACAAGUCUCUGUUUGUGUUCAGCAACUUCACUUCUUCAGCCUUUCUGCACUGCAAGAAGCUUGGCUGCCGAGUCGUGAGUCCACUGGUGGUAUUGUACUGCCUGCAGCAUCAGCGUUGUGUUCCCAAAGCAGAGAGGCCUGUCUAUAACAUGGCCAUGGCUGACAUCACUGUUUCCUGCACCAGCCUGGAUAAAACAACACGGGCAGAGGUGAUGGAUCUGGUGCAACUCAUGGGUGGACGGGUCUAUCUUGACCUAAAUGUGUCUGUCACACACCUGAUAGCUGGAGAGGUGGGCAGCAAGAAAUACCUGGUAGCUGCCAGCCUGGGUAAACCCAUUCUGCUGCCCACAUGGGUCAAGACCUGCUGGGAGAAAUCUCAGGACAGUCUCUUCAGGUAUACAGACCUACCCACUGAGGACUAUCUGUGCCCUGUGCUCCGUGGCUGUACUGUGUGUGUGACAGGCCUCUCCAGCACAGAGCGCAAAGAGGUGCAGCGGCUCUGUGAGCAGCAUGGAGCCAACUAUACCGGUCAGCUCAAAAUGAAUGAGUGUACACACCUCAUCGUUAGUGAACCAACAGGUCAGAAGUACGAGUGUGCUCGGAAGUGGAAUGUAUAUUGUGUGUCUCUGCACUGGCUGUUUGACAGCAUAGAGAAGGGCUUUUGUCAGGACGAGAGCAGGUACACUGUGGAGCGCAACGCAUCAAAGACCACUCGACCGCACACUUCCACCCCCACCGGCACCAGCAAGAAGGAGGCUCUAGAGGGUCCAUCUCUGUUGGGCUUGAGCCACAUCUCUGUCAACGCUAGCAUGACAAUAAAUGACACGGCCCUCACCAAUAGCACCAUCAGCCGUCUGCAGGCCCCAGACCCUAUAGAUAGCUUGGACCUCACCAUCUGUCCAGCUGAUGAUAUACUGGAUGGCUGUAAGCUGUAUCUGUGCGGCCUGCCAGGGAAGAAGCUGGAGAAGCUGCGGCAUCUUGUGAACGUUGCAGGAGGUCUGCGCUUCAACCAGCCCAGUGAAGAACUCACGCAUGUGGUCAUGGGAGAGCUGGAUCAGGACCUCAAGAACUUUCUCUCCAAAGUGACUCACCGGCCCCAUGUUGUAACAGUGCAGUGGCUGCUGGACAGUUUCACCAAAGGCAGUUUACUCCCAGAAUCAGACCACCUCCAUCCUGAGUGUCUGCCCCCUGCUGUGGCCUCUGUAUCUGUGUCGGCCCGUCACACUCCCACCUCCCGGUCCUCAGUUGGUCCCCCGGUGGCCAGUCCUGGCACUCCCAGGCAAAAGAGAGCAGAGGAGGAUCUGCUAUCACAGUACAUGGAUGAUGACCCAACAGUGGUUGACAUGCCUCCACCAGCAACAGAGAGCAACAGCAGGAAGUCCAUGAGCACAGUUGCAGUGCCUCAUCCUGAACCCCAGGCGACAAACCAGACCAGAGGAGCAGAGCCAGACUCGAUCCUGCAGGAGGCCAGCGAGGCAGGCCUGUUUGUUGGGAAAUGUUUCCUCCUUGUGGGCUUUGGCGCUGAGGCCGAAGCCCAGCUCUCUCUGCUGGUGACGGAACAUGGAGGCACGGUGCUGAUGGGUCGUACACGGGUUGUGGCUGACUAUGCCGUGGUGCCACUGUUGGGCUGUUCGGUGGAGGCCACAGUGGACGAGGUGGUCACUGAUACCUGGCUGGCCAUGUGUGUGGAGAAGGAGUGUAUUCUGCAGCUUUCCUCCAACCCUUUGUUCACCCCGGUGCCUGUGAUGGACGGACGUUUACCUCUCAAGGAUUGUGUCCUCUCCGUCAGUCAGUUUACUGGAGCAGAGAGAGAGUCUCUGGUGGAGCUGGCCAAGCACCUUGGAGCCAAUGUUCAAGAUUACUUUGUGCGCCUGGCUAACCAGAAGAAAGGCAUGCUGGCCAGCACUCAUCUGGUGUUGCAGAGUCCGGAAGGCACAAAGUACCAGGCAGCAAAGAAAUGGGGGCUUCCUGCUGUGACCAUGCACUGGUUAUUAGAGUCUGCACGGACGGGCCAGAGGGCAGAAGAGGAGCGAUUUCUAGUUGACCUCCCACCCUCACCAGAGAGGGAUGAAGAGAGUUUUGUCAGUGGUUCUCAGAAGCCAACCAUGCCUCCUCCAGUUUGUUUGUCUCCGGAGAUCCCUUUGCUGGGUGUCCAGAGCGGUAAGGCCGUUACCCCACUGGAUUUAGGUCGCUUUCAGAGCAAAGUUUUCCGAUCUGUUUUGGACGAGAUGAAGCCCAAAGAAGACAUCAGCACCCCAAAACAAAACCAGGAGGGUGGCAGAAGGAAACCACUUCAAAAGGAGCCCUCCCUGCAGCUGGACACUCCCUCUCGUUUCCUCAGCAGAGACCAGCUCUUCAGGCCCUCCUUUGAUAUCAAGGAUGCACUAGGAGCUUUAGAGACUCCAGGUGGGAGAUCCAAACCGGGAGAGAGGGUGGAGACUCCACUGACGGAUGUCAUCAACAGGAACCUGAAGGUGGCUCUGGCUAAUAGCACCCGCAGUACUGUCUCAGCGAUGCAGGCAGUCUCAGCUAGCCCCCAGCUUACCAAGACAACUGAGAAGGAGGCUCCAGAAAAAGAAGCUGGUCCCCUGACUGGUGUUGUGAUCUGUGUGGGAAAGAAGCUGAGCAAAAUGCAGAGUGAACUAAACGCUAUCGCUGCCUCGCUUGGAGCUGACUUCAGGUGGGCUUGUGAUGAUACAGUGACGCACUACAUCUACCAGGGCCGUGUGGGGGACAACACCCGGGAAUACAGAGGAGUGAAGGAGAGAGGACUGCAUGUGGUCUCCCAGUACUGGCUGGAGGCUUGUGCUGACGAGCAGAGGCACGUCCCGGAGUCUCUGUAUCCUUUCACCUACAACCCCAAGAUGAGCCUGAACCUGAGCCAAGUGCCCAACAGCUCUCAGAGGUCCACAACUGUAACACGAACACAACUCAAAGAGGCAAAGGACAACAAAUCUGAGCACAAUGCCACAGAGGAAGCUACGACCCCACGUCGUGUAAGUGAUGGAAGUGUAGAUCAAGAAGAGAUGAAUGAUCCUGCAGAAAGGAGUGAUCUUUCAGAGACUCUGGAAAUGAGAGAGAACCUGCAAAGACAGCUCCAGGAGAUCAUGUCAGCCACCAAGUUGACGACAGGGAGACGUACCUCAGUCAGACUCACCAGGAUGGGGUCUGGAGGCGCCGAUUCGAGGCCACAGACACCCGAUGGGAGCAGAGUCGGACGUAGUGGGAGCAGACGGACUCUAGAAGCUCUGAGGGUUACCAGAGAAGCAGCCAUGGACCUGAACACAGAGCCGUCCCAGAGUGAGCAGAUAGUUUGGGAUGACCCUACAGCCAGGGAGGAGAGGGCCAAGCUGGCUGACAAUUUACAGUGGCCUGGUAGUCCCUCACAGUAUUCAGAGCCCCUCGCACCUCCACCUCCCCCCACUGCAGAAGACAGCCCCCAGAUCAGGGACUCCAUGACAGACUCUGAGCUGGUGGAGAUGGCUGCUUGUGAUGUCAUUGACCAGCAAAUGGGCCAGAAAGUUGCAACCCCUCCAUCAAAAGAGACAGAAAAUGACAUCCUCACUCCUAAAGCCCCCAGCAUCGCCUUCCCUCUUGCCAACCCCCCAGUAGCACCAGAGCCACAGGAGGAGCAAGAGGAAGCAAAGAAGCCACCCAGAUUUCAGCUAUCCUCCCUCAGCCCUCAGGAACGCAUUGAUUACAGUCACCUCAUCGAGGAGCUUGGUGGUGUAGUCCUGGACAAGCAGUCUUUUGACUCCAGCUGCUCCCACAUCAUCGUAGGGACUCCUCUGCGCAACGAGAAGUACCUGGCAGCAAUGGCAGCCGGAAAGUGGAUCCUGCACCGCUCGUAUCUGGAGGCCUGCCGAUCAGUGGGUCGCUUCAUCCAGGAGGAUGAGUAUGAGUGGGGCAGUAGCUCCAUACUGGAUGCGUUGCCCUCCAUCACCUCCCAGCAGAGGAGACUGGCGUUGGCUGCCAUGCGCUGGAGGAAAGCCCUGCAGGGGCGCCCUGAACAUAGGGGUGCCUUCAGUGGAUGGACAGUCAUGCUGAACAUCGACCAGAACAGAGAAUCAGGCUUCAGGCGGUUACUACAGUCUGGCGGAGCGAAGGUUCUACCCAGUCCCUCCCCAUCCUUGUACAAAGAGACCACCCACCUGUUUGCAGACUUCAGUCGGCUGAAGCCCGGAGAAUUCAGAGUGGAUGUAUCAGAGGCUACCUUCCAAAGAGUCAUGUGCUUGAAGCCAGAGUACAUCGCAGACUACCUCAUGCAGGAGCCCACUCCACCUAUUGAGCUGUACUACCUGAGUGAAGCUCCCCCUGAGGAAACUCCAGGCACUCCGUCACGUAAACGUAAAGCAGCAGCCGACGCCUCCAGGCUGAAAAAGAGCCGUCUGACGUGAAAUGUAACUCUUAAAUAUUGUCAUCGAAAUCCUCCUCCCUGUGAAAAUUAGUGUAAAUUAGAUUUUCUUUUUAUUUCCUGUAUGAAAAUAAAAUAAAUGUAGCACUG